GGCAGCCGGUCCCGGGGCAUGGGGAGGAUGGGACGGGGUGGGAUAAGAUGGGAUUGGGGAGGGAGACCUCGGCUACUCCUCCAUCACCUCGCCCACUUCUGCUGCCUCCGGGCUGGGGGGUGACUUUCCUCCCCCGCUUACGCAUGUCGGGGCGAUGAGUGUGUCACAGCCUUGCACGGGUUCUUCGCCGGGCUAUAAGACUCUGCUCCUGGCCCUGGGUGGGAAGAGCCGGCAUCUCCCUCGGAGGGACUGCUUGCAAGGCGGAGGAGAACACUCGGUAUUUUCUAACAGCCCUUACUCGCUUCUCUUUCUGCUUUGAGGCUGGAAGGCUGGAUCGGUGCUGCUGCGGAGAGCUGUGACACAGCCGCUGUCCCCAGCGCCAGCCUCUGAGGAACCUUCUCUGCAUCCCCAGGUGUCUGGUUGCGGCGCUCGGAGCCCUUGGUGCUAUGCUGUCCUGCCACACGCUCAGUUUAAGGCAUCUGGCCAAGCUGCACUUGCUGCUUCUGCCUCCGCAAGAGGAUGCGCUAAGGGCUCUUUGCUCCCUCUGUGCUGCAGUGGAUGUUUGCCCCUCUCCUCCUGUUCCUGGCUGAGCUUGGCUCCAACGCCCAACCCACCUACCAGUGGAAAGAUGCUGUGACCCACGAGAAGGUGACCUGCCAGCAGUGCCCGCCGGGGACCUUCGUGUCCCAGCACUGCAGCAGGGACAGGCAGACGGUGUGCGCGCCCUGCCCCGAGCUGCACUACACACACUACUGGAACUACCUGGAGAAAUGCCGCUACUGCAACGUCAUCUGUGGGGAGAGACAGGUGGAGGUGCAGCCGUGCAAUUCCACCCACAACCGCGUCUGCCAGUGCCAGGAAGGCUACUACUCCGAGAUGGAGUUCUGCAUCCCGCACUCCGAGUGUCCACCGGGCUUCGGCGUGGAGAACCUGGGUACCCCCUUCAAGAACACCCAGUGCAGCCCCUGCCCCCCCGGCUUCUUCUCCUCCUCCAAAUCCAGCACCGAGACGUGCCAGCAGCACCAGAACUGCUCCAAGCUGAACAAGGUGACCAACGUGCCGGGCAACAAGUACCACGACACCCUCUGUACCUCCUGCAGACUGGGGAGGAGCAACAGCACCCAGGGACCAGCUCCAGCAGAUGACGACUGCGAACAAGCCAUGAUAGACUUUGUGGCAUACCAGAACAUCCCCAUCCGGAAGCUGAAGCGUCUGCAGCAAAUCCUGGAGCACUCGCCAAGGAAGCAGGUGCCAGAGAACAGGGCGGCCGAGCAGGAGAAGUUCAGGGCUUUCCUCACCCACCUCAAAGAAGGGAACUCCGAGGUCAGCAAGGGGCUGCUGGAAGCGCUGCGAGCUGCCAAGCUGCACUCCAUCGAGGAGAAGGUCCGCAAGCGCUUCCUCCUGUACUGAGAACGCAAACGGAACUUUUGGGGGGGUUUUGUUUUGUGUUUUUCUUCUGUGGUUUCACUAAUUUAUUAAUUUUUCUGAACGUAACUUGAAAUGCGGCGUGGAAACGAGCGAUGGGGCAGGGCUGACAUGUGCUGCGGUGGGUCCGGCCCUGGCUGCGGCCGUAUCGCUGCCCCCGGGAUGGGAUGCGGUGAGGGAUGUGGUGAGGGAUGUAGUGGGGGGGAUGAUGUGAAAGGAUGCAGUGAGGCAUGUGGUGAAAGGAUGAAGAGGGGGGAUGCAGUGUGGGGAUGCAGUGAGGGGUCACUGUGAGUACCCACAUCCCUGCACCAGCACCUGCGGCAGCUCCCGGGGGUUCCCUGGGUGCUUGGCCGCUGAUUUUCCAGCACUCAGUGAAGGUCAAUAAUUUAUCAGAAGAGAAACACGUAGCCAGGGUCGUUUUUUCUGGGGAAGAACCCAGCUCCUCCUUUUUAGACAACUGUCUGGAUUUGUCUUAAAAUGUCUGGGUUUGGUUUUGUUCGGAGUUUUUCUUGGUUAUUUAACAGUAUUUCUGACAGGUGAUUCGGUUGCAUUUGUUUGUUAUACUCUGUUUUGAGAAAGGAGCUGGCUACUGAGACACACUUUACCUGUAGAAUGCCCUGAAGUCACUGGUACAGCUGCCUUGAAAUUUAUUUCUGAACUACCUGUUUUUAUACUGUGCGUCAGAGAUGUUUUCUAAAGAAAGAAACCAAAGAAGUUAUUUUAUGAUACAA